UAGUAAUGACAAUUAGUUAAGAUAGUGCUAGUAGGACUUUUUCGGCUGAUUAAGAGGGAUUGCAGUCCUUAGAGAUUUGGAAGAUUUUUUACCUUUUUAGCAACAAUUAUGGGACACCAUUUUACUAUCAAUCUUUGUAGCAUAGUUUUGUUUUCUUUAGUGAUAGCGGUCGUUCAGGGACAUUCGACAGGAAGCCCCCUGAUGCAAGGAAACUCUACCAAAGUCAAUGCUACGAAUUUCCAAUACGAGGGUGCUUUUUGUAAGAACCGAACCUGUGCUAUCAUUGUGGAUAUUUUUGACAAUAAAGUGUCUUUCAUUGCAACCGUCGAUAUCGAACAAAGAAAAUUCGAACUGCACGUUAGAGUCAAUGGACUCGUGUAUGCGACGUUUCAUUGGACCAAGCCUAUUAGUAAAUGUAUCCAGUUCCUGUCAAUAAAAUCCCUAAAUUUUUGCGUAAAAAUUCGACACGUUCAAAUAGCGUUGACUGGCUUUACGUUCUGUUUAGAUGCUCAUGCCUACGAAGCAUAUGAUUUUAUGAUUUUCCACUUUCCAUGUUUAGAAAUUUAAUGCAAAUUCAUUAUCAACGAGUUUGAAUAA